AUGUCGCUCCCACCCAACGUCAUCCGCGUCAAACGCAAGCGGGUGGAGGAAGCCCCCGUCACCUUUCUUCGUUUGUCUCUCCCCUCGCCUUUCCUGCCGUGCGACAUGAGCGACGACAGCAGCCACUGGGUCUACCAGCGACGUGGCUCCACGGCGCAGCAGCAACAGCAGCUGCUUCCCGGGCCCUCUCCGCUCCGCCCCGAAGCACAACCCCGGAUCCAGCUCUCGACGGCCGAGGACAAGGCGGGCGACGAGGUCAGACGAAAUGGGGCGCCAAAGCAAACCCAACAGGACCCCGAGAAGCUCACGCUGCCGGGGGUAUCAGAGCCGCGACGCUUCCGCGUCUCCAAGGCGAUGCUGGCGGCCGCGGCCGCUCACGGUGACGCGGCCGGAUCGCUAUCGAAGGGAGAUAGACAUGGCACGCCGACGCUGUUUGUGGAGCGUGUGCGACGCAAGAAGCUCGCGCCCAAGCCGCGGCGCAGCAUGCUGGCCCUCGACGAGGCGGCCAAAGAGAGCAGGGGCGUCGAGACCAGAGACCUCAAGCGGCCCGGUGUCGUCGCCAAACGAGCGCGCGAAGCGGCUAGGAUAGCCACACCGCCGCCGCUGUCGACCGAGGACGAGGCGCCCAAGCCCAAGGCGGCUGCCGCGAACCCCCUCCCGCCGUCGCAGACGAACCGCGGCGCCGAGGACAUGAGUAAAAUAGCCGCCGACAUGAACGACUGGGUCAUGCGCGAAAUGGGCGCCAAUCUACAGAGCAUGGAGGCAGAGCGCCAAAAGGCCGCGAGGCCGCCGCUGUCGCCGUCGCGGUUCAAGCCCCGGGCGCCAGCGAAGCGCUACCACGAGCGCCACCCCGAGCCGCCGGCCCCGGGCACGACGGCGACGGACCUGGAGGGCGACACCAACAUGACGGAUGCGAGCGAAGACGAGGACGGAGACGAGGACGACUGGGUCAUUGAGGAGUACGUUCGCGUCCCGGCGAACUCGGUGGCACUGGACUUGUCGCCGGCGGAUGUCGGCUUCUUGGUGCUGGACGGCGAGGAGGAGAGUCUUUUAUUCUUUGGCGCGCAGAAUGACGAGGACGAGGAUUGGGAUGAGGAUGAGGAAGAUGAAAACGCCGAAAACCACUACACCGCGGACUACCCAGAAGACGAGGUAGAUUCCGAGGACGAGUUUAACCGCAACGCGUACUACUUUCGCAACCAGAAUGCCUCCGACGACGAGGAGUAUGACCAGGACGCGUUUGACGAGGAAGACGACGCGGCCAGCGCGGACGGCCAGGGCGAUGAUGAUGAUGCGCGCAUGACGAGGAUCUUGGAGCAGAUGAAGAGACUCAAGGCGUCUCAGCGAUGA